AUGGCUGAAAAACCUGAAAAAAUCACUUUAACAACUGAAAAAUCAGAGGAAAAUCGCAUCAAAAGUCCUUCUUCAUGGCUCAACUUCAACAAUUUCCUCAAAGGAAUCGGAAUUACCGGAGCUUUUUUGUGUAUUUUAUUCGGAUUGUGGAACUGCCUCAGCAUAUUAUUCGCAAAUUGGAUCUGUUUCGCUUCCGGAAUCGUUCAAUUUACUCUUGGAAUAUUCGUAAUGGGCAUUGAAGCACCCGGAUGUUGCAAAUUCUGUAGCUGCAUGAAAGUUUUAUCGUCCAAAGUUGAGGAACGGCCCUCGUGGAAUCGAGCUUUGGGCUAUUGUGUCUCUGCCUGCGUUCCAAUUUUGCUGUGUCCUGCCCUUGCGAGUAUUUUACCGUGUGGAAUCGUCUUUGGAUAUGGGAUUUUCUACUGUUGCGGAUGUAAAUGUGGAAAGAAAGUCAAUGAAAAACAUCAAAAAAUGACAAAUGAGGGUCCUGAAAAUAUUGUUUAA